ACUCGGCGCUCCUGCCAGCACGGAGCUGUGCUCUCUCAGCGCUCGCGGCUGCAGGACAUGGGCCCCAUGGAGCAGGGAGGUUGGUGGCUGCUGCUGCUACUGCUGGGCUUCCACCCGGCCCGCGGGCAGUGCCCGGAGCAGUGCCAGUGCGUCCGCACUGCCCAGGUGGAGUGCUCCGGCGCCAGCAUCACCGCUGUCCCCAGCCCCAUCCCCACCAAUGCGGUGACCCUGCAGAUCGUCAACACGCGCAUCACCGAGCUGGGCGAGGCAUCCUUCGGCAACGCCUCCCUGCUCAUUGGGCUGCGCAUCGAGAAGAACGACCUGCGGCGCGUCAGCCCCGAUGCCUUCCAGCACCUGCCCGACCUGCGCUACCUCAGCCUGGCCAGCAACAAGCUGCAGGAGCUCCCUGUGCAGGUCUUUCAGCCCCUGGGCAAGCUGGAGUCGCUGCUCCUCUCCAGCAACCAGCUGCUCCGCGUGGAGCCCGACCACUUCGCCCACCUGAGCAACCUGAAGGAGCUGCAGCUGCACGGGAACAACCUGCGGGAGCUGACGGAGGGGCUGUUUGACCAGCUCGCCAGCCUCACCAAGCUCAACCUGGCCCGCAACAACCUCGACCGCCUGCCGCCCCGUGCCUUCGAGCGGCUGCCUCAGCUGCAGGUGCUGCGGCUCUAUGAGAACCGGCUGCGGCACAUCCCGGCGGGCGCCUUUGACACACUGCCCGAGCUGCAGGAGCUGGGCCUGCACCAGAACCAGCUGGAGACGCUGUCCCCGGAGCUCUUUGUGCACAACGGGAACCUGCAGAAGCUCUACCUCUCCAACAACCUCCUCACUGCCCUGCCCGCCGGCAUCUUCCUGCCUCUGCGUGCCCUCUCCAAGAUCACCCUGCACGUCAACCGCCUUCGCGACAUCUCCCCGGCCGCCUUCGGCCCCAUGCCCAACCUGCGGGAGCUGUGGCUCUAUGAGAACGAGCUGGCCGCUCUCCCCGCUGCCGUCUUCAGCAACCUCACCCAGCUGCAGCUCCUGGUGCUCAGCAAGAACCAGCUCCGAUCGCUGGCUCCGGGGGCUUUCCGGGGGCUGGGUGAGCUGCUGGAGCUCUCGCUGCACUCCAACGCCCUGCGCUGGCUGGAUGCUGGGGUGCUGGGGGGAAUGCCCAAGCUGCAGAACAUCUCCCUGCAGAACAACCGCCUGCAGACGCUGCCCCGCGGCCUCUUCGCUGCCACUCCGAGGCUGCAGCACAUCCAGCUGCACGUCAACACCUUGGAGAACCUGCCCAACGGCAUCUUCUCCCCGCUGGCCGCCGUGCGGGAGGUGAAGCUGCACAACAACUCGUGGCGGUGUGACCAUGACAUCCUGCCCCUGCGCGCCUGGCUGGAGGCCAACCCCAGCAAGGUGGGUGAGACCCCCCCGGUGUGCGCCCAGCCGGCCCCGCUGCGGGGAACACCCAUUGCCGGGCUGUGGCAGGACCAGCUACCCACUGCCUGGCCCAGCAGCCCGCUGCCUGCACUCCCCUCCCAGGAAGCAUUGCCGUCGGGGCCCCCCACCACGCUGCUGGCGACCCCCGUGUCUCAGGAGGAGGAAGAGGAGGAGGAAGGCAGGGGGUGGUGGGGGCUGACGCGCACGCAGAGCGCGGUGGUGGGGGCCGUCAUCGUGCUGGUGUGCGUGGCCCUGCUCUGUGCCCUCGUGGCACUGGUGGUGUAUGGCUGUAGAAAGAAGAGCCACGUGGUGCUGAUGAGGAUGAAAGCACCCAAUGAAGCCUGAUCCCCCAUGAGCCCCGGGGGCAGCGGUGCCGCUGAGGGACCCAGAGCUGGAUGGACAGCAUCACUCCAUGUGCCAUGUCCCCCGUGCUGCUCUGCAAGCAGGGUGUCGACCACGGGUGCCCCCCUGGUUACCCCGUCCCCAGCCCCUCCUGCCUCCGUGCUCAAUCCCUUCCUGGGGCCAGCAGCCAGAGUACAGGGUGCCGAGUAGCAGAGCAGGGAGCGGCAGCCUGGCCACAGAGCGCUGGGACUCCCCCUCCCUCACCUCACAUUAUCCCCUCGAGCCGCCCCCAGCCCCAGGCCCUCAGCCACAGCCUGUGCUGAGGUGUGAAGCCAUCACACAGGGCCAGGAUCUAAGCACACGCCCUCAUCCCAAGCAGGGCUGUGUGUGCCUUUGUAGCUCAGCCCUGCAGGGCUGGGCUGCCUCUGCUUGGCUCUGAGCCUGGUGUGCUCCAUGGUGGCACACCCCAGUGACUUGGCCGCGUCCACGCUGCCCUCCCUGCCUGCAGGCAGCACGGCGAGAGCGGAACAUCUUCCUCUGCCUCCAGCAGAGUCCUUGUCCUCACACGCCUGUGUUUCCCAUGCCAGCAGCACUGCGGGACUGCGUGUGCCCUGGGCACCCACCAACUGCAGCCCUGCCCAGCACAGCCGCACCCUCUCCUCUCCCUGUUCCCAGCCCCGAAAGUGCCCACUCUGUGCCUGCUCCUACUGCCUGUUCCCAGCCUGAAUGCUGCUGGUGGCAUAGGAAAGACGGGGAAAGCCCUGCUCUGCAAGGUCCGGCUGUGGGCAGGUGGGACUGCGCUGCCCCAGCAGCUGCUGUGCCUCAUCCAGCCAGCAAGGCACGGCCACAGCUCCAUGUGUGCCACUGGGCCGUAUGGGGUACGAUACUAUGGGACAAGAGUUUCAAUGGGUGGUGCUGCUUGUGGUGCCCCAGGAGCCAGUGCUGGCACAAGCGAAAAUGCAGUUGUGUGUAUGUGAUGGGAUGGAUGCUCUUCUGGGCUGAGACCUGUGCAACAACUGCAAACAGGACUGUGCCUCGGGGCUGUUUGGUACCGCUCUGUGACCAUUAAAGCACGGUUGUCCAAAUCCAA